AUGACAGGCAACGCUGUUUUUUUCGAAACACCUGUUCCCAAGGUGUACAAGGUCUUACCUCCAUCUAGGUCCGAACUUUCUGAGGUGUUGGCAUAUGUCUUCAUGGGUCCAUCCCGUCCAUCAACACACGAUCAUGAAAGAAUACCUUUCUUGGUCAACAAGGAUAAGGUUGCACGUGCUCUAGAGUGGUUGAAGGUUAAUCAUGUUGAUUACCAUGAUUUGGACAUAUCGUAUGAUAACCUUGCGGAUUAUCCAUCAGACGUACCUCCCGUGUCCGUCCAAUUCACAACAGCAGCGGAUUUUGACCCGUCGGAAAACCUUGCAUUACAUCAAACAGUAGAUCCUUCUGCAACCGAAAGUGGCGAAUGUAACUUCAUAGUGCACGGGUUAACCGGAGAUAAGAUUGAG